AUGUCCAACAGCAGCUCCAUCAGCCACUUCCUCCUGCUGGCAUUGGCAGACACAUGGCAGCUGCAGCUCCUGCACUUCUGCCUCUUGCUGGGCAUCUCCCUGGCUGCUCUUCUGGGCAACGGCCUCAUCAUCAGCACCAUAGCCUGCAGCCACCACCUGCACAUACCCAUGUUCUUCUUCCUGCUCAACCUGGCCCUCAGCGACCUGGGCAUGAUCUGCACCACUGUCCCCAAAGCCAUGCACAAUUCCCUCUGGGACACCAGGAACAUCUCUUACACAGGAUGUGCUGCUCAGCUCUUUUUCUUUAUGUUCUUCAUCUCAGCAGAGUUUUAUCUCCUGACCAUCAUGUGCUACGACCGCUACGUGUCCAUCUGCAAACCUCUGCACUACGGUACCCUCCUGGGCAGCAGAGCUUGUGCCCACAUGUCAGCAGCUGCCUGGGCCAGUGCCUUUCUCAAUGCUCUCAUGCACACGGCCAAUACAUUUUCACUUCCCCUGUGCCAUGGCAAUGCCCUGGGCCAGUUUUUCUGUGCAAUCCCAGAGAUUCUCAAGCUCUCCUGUUCACACUCAAACCUCAGGGAACAUGGGCUAAUUUCUAUUAGUUCCUUUUCAGCAUUAGGCUGUUUUGUGUUCAUUGUUUUCUCCUAUGUGCAGAUCUUCAGGGCUGUGAUGAGGAUCCCCUCUGAGCAGGGACGGCAAAAAGCUUUUUCCACCUGCCUCCCUCACCUUGCUGUGGUCUCCCUGUUCAUCACCACUGUUAUUUUUGCUCACAUGAAGCCCCCCUCCCUGUCCUCCCAAUCCCUGGAUCUGACCCUGUCAGUUCUGUACUCGAUAGUGCCUCCAGCCCUGAAUCCCCUCAUCUACAGCCUGAGGAACAAGGAGCUCAUGGCUGCAGUCUGGAGACUGAUGACUGGAUGGACUCUCUGGGACAAGGGAACUCUGCUCUGGGUCCGCCAGUGA